GCCACAGUGUGUAACGUUCUCUGGUUUCUCUGUUCAUAGACGAGGCGAGACUGAGAGAGUAGGGAGACAGACAGAGAGAGAGACAGAGAGAGAGACAGAGAGAGAGACAGACGGAGAGACAGACAGAGAGACAGACGGAGAGACAGACGGAGAGACAGACGGAGAGACAGACGGAGAGACAGACGGAGAGACAGACGGAGAGACAGACGGAGAGACAGACGGAGAGACAGACGGAGAGACAGACGGAGAGACAGACGGAGAGACAGACGGAGAGACAGACGGAGAGACAGACGGAGAGACAGACGGAGAGACAGACGGAGAGACAGACGGAGAGACAGACGGAGAGACAGACGGAGAGACAGACAGAGAGAGAGACAGAGACAGAGUGAGAGAGACAGAGAAGGACAGACAGAGAGAGACAGUGUGAGAGAGACAGAGAGAGAGAGAGAGACAGAGACAGACAGAGAGAGAGACAGAGACAGACAGAGAGAGAGAGACAGAGACAGACAGAGAGAGAGAGACAGACAGAGAGAGAGAGACAGACAGAGAGAGAGAGACAGACAGAGAGAGAGAGACAGACAGAGAGAGAGACAGACAGAGAGAGAGAGAGACAGAAUACGUGUCUGUCUGACCGUGUGUCAUGCGUUACCAUGACGAGAGAAGCACUCAUCAAACUCUUCAUCCUCAUCCUUCUCGCCUUUAUCAUCUGUCUCCCAGAGUUCUUCACUUCACACAGAGCGAGGGUAAACUUCCACUGUGUGACCUUUGACCCCUGUGGGGACCAGGAAGUGACAACGCAGUGCGACCCCGGGCUGACCCCUGCGGGACAGAGCUCCAACCGGAGCGCCGAGGAGAAGCCCGUCUGUCACACCGGGAGGACGGGUUCUGGAGUGAGCUGGUUGCUGUGUGACACAGAGACCCUCCGUGGCAACGCCUCGCUGUCAGGGAGGAGGGUGGCGCUAUCAGUGUUGUCUGAAGGAGAGAACGCGACUUUGUACGGCUUCCUGACAGAGAAGAAGAAAGAGGGGGAGGAAGAGGGGGAGGAAGAAGGACAAGGAUUCAUCUACUGCUGUUUUCGAACACCGCCCCUUUCCAUACCAACCAAUCACAGCCAGUGUCUCCUUCAUCUCCACACCCAAGGAACCAAUCAGACAGCUGUAAAGUCUGACCUGCCCUGGACACGGCCACCUAGAAGUGAGUGGUUGUGUGUCUUCAGGGUGGCGUGGUUGGUCCUAGUGGUUGUGGUCAUGUUGACCGUCCUCACCACGGUCCUGGGUCUGAUCUACUGGAGGACUCGCUGCUGUCGAAAGGAGCCCAGUGGGUUCCAGACCAGAGGAUUCAACACGGACCUCCCUGAUGUCUCUGUCUCACUACAUCACUCCUCAGUAUCUCGGACCUGCCUGGUGUGUUCCAGACCAGAGGAUUCAACACGGACCUCCCUGAUGUCUCUGUCUCACUACACUCCUCAGGUACCUCUCUCUCCCCCCUCCCAGAGGAGCCCAGUGGGUUCCAGACCAGAGGAUUCAACAUGGACCUCCCUGAUGUCUCUGUCUCACUACAUCACUCCUCAGGCCUGUUGUCACCUAUUCAUGAAGAGAAGACUGCAGAGGACGAGCCUCGUCAGGGUUACUACGGUAAUGACACAGCGCUCCACCACCGUGGCCACCCUCUCCACUCAUCCCUUUCUCCUGAAGAGCUCUAGAUGAACAGAGCAGAAGACAGGAACACCCUGAAUGCUGUCUUGAUGGGGGGGGGGGGUGGUAUUUCCCUCCUGGGUCCUGGAGAUCCUCAACAGACCCCCGAAGGACAUUCCCCCCCCCACGAGGACAAAGACUAGUUUAGGUUUAGGGAAAAUAGGAUUUUAUAUGGAAAAACAUUGUGUGUGUGUGUGUGUGUGUGUGUGCUGAUACGUACAACAGUGUGUGUGUGCGUGUGUGUGUGUGUGCGCGUGUGUGUAUAUAUAAAGACAUGGCUCUGAAACAGUCAAAAGGUUUAAAAAGGUAUUUUUAUUUUUUGUUGUUGGCAUUUUGUGAUUAAAGGUUCCGUUGUCAGA